AUGAAAAUAAACACACUUUUCAACGCUCUCCUACUCUGGACCCUGACGGCUGUCAGUCAAGCUCAAACUACCGAACCAAUAGGAAAUUGCACCAUCUUUUCGAGAACGGGGGAUUACACAUACACACGUUACUCCUCAACACCCAGCCGCAUAUCCGCCGCAGAAUACUGUGUAUCUCGCCGAAAAACGAAUCAAAGCUGUCCGCUCGUCGCAGACGGCGACCUUCAAUUGACUUUUAACAUAAACAGCACGGAACUACGCGACAGUUACUGGCCGACCAAAGAGGGGACCGAAUCUUUCCUGCACAGAUUGAUACGCAAUGAGUUGAACAGCCAAGGAAAGGACUUCAAUCGGACAGUGAUAGGUGUUAUUGAUACUGUCAUGCCACUUGAGCCGGGUACCGCUGGAUACAUCAACUUCUAUCCGCUUCUGCUAUGUGCGGAAGGUACCAUGAAAAACUGCACCGGGGGUAUCGAGGAUGGAUUGGGAAUUGAAGCGUGCGCUCCUGUUGCUACCGUGGAUGGGGGGUUGAAGAUCAUGAGUGGAAGGACUGUGUUGCAGAAUGUGUCGUCGAGUGAUGUGGAAAAUUACACUGACCCAUUUGCGGGUCAAUCUAGAGGUGGUGGCGUGCAUAGUUUGGUUCUUAAUUGGAGUUUUAUUGGUGUAGCAUUUCUCGGGGUACUUGGAGCGACGAUAAUUGGGGUUAGUUUACCCCAGCUUUCGUAUACGGCCAACCAGGUUUUUCCGAUCGCAAAGUUGAACCCUCAUGAAGUCCGUGUUCUUCACAUCAAGUAUCGUAGUCAAUUUCGAAAGAGGCUUCAAGUGCCCGCUUCUGCUGCUGAUGAGGUUGAUGGAGAAAUUGGUGCGAUACCGCCAAUCCAGCGAAGGACCACUCUUCGGGACACGACGAGGAGCAUGUUAAUCAACUUUGCUCCUCCGCAACCGAUAAUGAAAGCCAAAACUAUGGCACCCCACAAUAUUCUCUGCGUAGCAUCAAGCUUAUUGACAAUGGGCCUCCUCGUUUGGGCUGUCGUCAUUGGUGAUGGACCAGCGACCAUAGCCAUUGUUCUCUUAUCUGCAGCAACGAGUUUGUUCUGCGCAGCUUCACUCUGGAGCCUACCAACUCGACCAUUUUGGAUUAGUGGCUCCGCUCAUUCAGGUGAUGUGGUGAUUCGGACUAAAAAUGGUGCGUUUCUCAUCGUCCAAUGUAAUCAAGAAAUAGCUCGGGAGCUGUAUUACGGGUCGGAAGAAGUUAGGCAGGCUAUCACGAGAGGCUUCGGAAUUUCUGUUGGCAGCGGGACGAUUGUUUUUAUGGUCGCUGUGAUACUACUGGGAAAUGCGAGUUGGACUAUGCAAGCAGCACUCGCCGUAACAUACUUAUUGCUGAAUGCGGUGUUUUGGUUCGUGGCGCUUAUACCAUCAACAACCCACUGGGAUUUCCCAAUGUAUGAAAUCCAAGAAAUAGUUCGGGAUAAUGUCAAAGAUUUGACCCAAGGCGUGGGUUCAGACCCACUUACUAGAAGCUUGUGGCAGGCAAUCUUUGUAACGAAGUCAACUGACUGGGUAAAACGGAGCGGUGCUACUCCGGGAACAACCCAGUGGGAAAAUUGGUUGAACGAGGCAUAUAAGCAAGCAAAUGUUGGAAAUCGAAUGUGGAAUCCUGAGGCAGCGUUUGCAAUGGCUAGUAAACUAACUGUUCUUGAGUAG